CCUCCGGCUGGCAAAAGUGAAAAGUAUAUAUAUAUAUAAUAAAUAUUCAAGCAGAAAUUCAAAGAAAAUUAAGCGAAAAUUUAAAUAUAUGCGAAAUUUUCUUGAGACAACAAGUUUUCGACAAAUUUUCGCGUGGCAUAAAAUUUUAAUUGAAUUACCUAAUCACCGAGUGAGUGUUUCCGAGUGCUUCGAGUGCUUGUGAGUGAGUCUGUGAGUGCGUGGUGAAUUUUAUAUAACACACACACGCACACACACACACAGACACGGACACACAUAGACAAGGCAUUGCAUUGCUGGGAUAGACUCUUUGGACGCUCGGCGCAUUACGCAAGCGAACGCGAAUGGCUGCGGACGAGGCGUUCGCCGGCUUUGGGGAGCUGAUCUUCUCCCUGCUGAUUGGCUAUUUGGGCGCUUUGGAGUUUGCCUUUGUGGCGCGUCAUCUGUAUCACUGGACGUGCCGGCAUCCGGAUGGCAGCAAUGAGCUGAUCGAUGCCGCCGCCGAUGCCGAGGAGCUGCCGCGUCUGCGCGAGCGCCUGGACAAGGAGCUGGCAGAGGCAGCGGCACGUGAGGCAGCCGCCGGCGGCCAGAAUGCCAUGCAGGAUGGCGUCGUCUACAGCAACGGCUUUCGCGUGGACAAACGCGAGGCAUUAGCCACGGAGCUGGAGCGUCAGCGGCGCAUCGAGGAGGAGACGCGCCAACAGCUGGCGGAGGCGGAGCACAAAUUGGCCGAGGAGCGCGGCAAAGCCGAGGCGAGCCGAGCCGAGGCGGAGGAGAACGCACGAAGAUUGUUGGAGGCGGAAAAGCAGCGCGAAGAAAGCGAAAGGAAACGCGAUCAGGAAGAACAAGAGCGCGAGAAUGAAAGAAAACUAAUUGAGGCCGAAAAGCAACGCGAAGCAGCGCAGCGAGAAAGCGAGGAAAAUGAAAGAAAAUUGCAAGAGGCUGAAAGGGAAAGAGAGGAAAAUGAAAGAAGGGAAAACGAAAGAAAAUUGCAAGAGGCUGAAAGCGAAAGAAAGCAAAAUGAAAGGAAAUUGCAAGAGAUCGAACGCGAACGUGAGGAAAAUGAAAGAAGGCUGCAAGAGGCUGAAAGCGAACGCGAGGAAAAUGAAAGAAAAUUGAGAGAAGCAGAAAAACAGCGUGAACUGGACGAAGGUGCAAGAGAACGCAAAGAAGCAGAAGAACAGCGCGAGCGAGAGGAGAAUGAAAGAAAACUCGAGGAAGCAGAAGAAGAGCGACAGGCAGCACAGCGGAAAAUAGAAGAGGAAGAGUCUCAGUCACAGGCAGAGCGCCUGCUGCUCGACCUGGAUGCCGAGCAGGCGCAGCGGGACGAGGAAAUUGUGGAGCGUCUGCUGGCCGCCGAGCGGGAGCGCAAGCUGAGCGCGACCGAGAGCGAGCUGGAGGAGGAGGCGCUCGUGCUGGAGCAGUCCCGGCGCCUGGCGUCGAGCCAAGUGGGCAUGGAAAGGAAACAAAAGUCGAUUGAGGAGAAUGCGCGACUCUUCAUGGAGGCCGAGGAGGAGAUGGUGAUGCUGCAGCAGCGCAUGCUGCAGGCGGCGCAGGAGCAGGAGGAUGCCGAAUAUGCUGGCAUGGUGCCGGUUGUGGAGGAGCCGUGCGUAAAGAAAAUAAUGCCGCCCAGAUUCGAGGAGCCAACAAUCGAGGAGCCGCUGAUCGUGCAACGGGUCAAGACGCAGUUUGGUCAAACGGGCGCCGGCAGCGAGGAGCCCUACGUCCGCUCCAAGACGCUCACGUUUCCGGGCGUAUCCGAUGAGGGCUCCUCCGUGGAGCCCGAUUCCAGCCAACAGUCCUCCUUCAGCACGCAAGUCUCCGAGGAUCGUUCGCGCCAGAUGACGGAGGAGGAACGCCAGGAGCCCGAGGGCGAGGACUAUGUGCCCGAUGUCCAGUACACCGAGGAUUACUUGCGCUCCCUGGAUGGCAUCAAGAGUCGGCCCCUAAUGCGCGAGGAUGGUUCGGGUCGGAGACGCGCCUUUAAGAAGCGCAGAUCAAGCGGCAGUUCGAAUUCAUCGCGUGACUCACGCGCCUCACGCGACGAGGAGCUGAAAAUGUUCACCUCGUUGGAAGAGGAGGAGCUGAAGCACGGCGAGAAGGCGGACUACAAUCCCAUCAAUUACAGCUCAGAGCCGGCGCUGCGCGUCAAAUCCCAUCACAGACGCCACAAACGGAGUCCAGCCAAGGAUGUGAAGCCGGCGACCGAUCCGAGCGGCUCGCUGGAAAUGCUUGGCGAGGAGGGCUCAAAUCCCUGGGGUGAGCUGUUGCCCGAACCCUAUAAGAACACGGAGUUUUGGAAGCGCGAGAAGGCCCUGUCCAUUGACGAGGAGGAGCUCGAUCUGGAGAGGCGCGCCUCGGGCGAAGAGGUGCCGGACGAGGCGCAAAUCACGCCCAAAGAGUCUUCCUUCGAGCACGCGACGGACGAACAAAACGCGCUGGCGGCCAACGCACUGCUGCAGCAGCGCUCCAAGGAGCAACUGGACAGGGACAAGGCGAAGGCCGCGAAAGUCACGGAGCUCGAGCUGGAGUCGGAGCCCGGCGGCAGCAACAUUAAAUCCAAUCUGCAAACCUCUCAGGCAACAGAGGAGCAGUCGCGAGGCGGCUCGCCCAGCUUACGUCGCAGUCCGCGCAUCGAUGAAAUGGAUCACUAUGAGGAGCGCUGGCGCGAAUCCGAGGCAGCCGGCCACACGGCCAGCCAGUCGCCGCCGCCCAGCAUCGCUGUGCAUCAGCCGGAUACGGCGCCCUGGCGGGAUCAAUACGGUCUGCUCAUGGAGGGAAUCAGCGAUUUCUAUGAUUUUACGGCAUCUGUGAAUCCGUCGCGUUCGCGCUCCACAUCACGCAAUCCCUCGCCGCAGCCCAAGAACGUCGCCCACCGCAUGGACGUGGACGAGGCGCACACCCUGGAGGUCUACGAUGAUAGCCAGGAGGGCCUAAUCGCCGGCGAACUGAACUGCGAGCUCGUGCUGCAAAUGCUGGAGGCAACCAUCUCCAAUGAAGCCGAGCAGCAGCUGCAGCUGCAGAAUGUCGCCGACGAUCUACAGAAUGGCAGCAACCAGGUGCUGUCCAUGGUCUACGAGACGCCGCCGCAAGCCAGCGAGGAGCAGGAGCAGGAGCAGCUGGCAACCAAUGGCUAUGCCGAGGCUCAUCCGGAAGUCGACCUGCCGCAGCCUGUUAUCGAAAUCAAUGACAUGGCCGAGGCAGCCAUCGACAGCCCGGAGCCGAUGCCCACACGCGAGGAGAUGCGUCUCUUUGUGGAGACAAUGCGUGCCGAACGCGCCAAUUCGCGGGAUCGUUCCCCGUCCCGCUCCCGUUCCCGCUCGCCGCUGCCCACAGCCGAUAAUAUUGCACGCAGCCUGGAGUCGCGCAGACAGAAGCGCAUCCGGCACAACGACGACAUACGCGAGCAGCUCAGGGAAGAGCAGGCAGCAGUCUCUCCUCCUCCAGUCAUUGCGCUCAGUCCGCCGCCCCUACCCACCAUCUCGAUUGAUGUGGCGGAGGAGCCCGAGAGGGAGCAGCAGCAGGAGCCGGAGGAUACGCCCGAGUCGAUGGCCCGGCUGUUCGAGCAGCUGCGUCUGAAUCGCUGUCGCUCGCACUCCCGCUCCCGUUCCCGAUCCCCCUUGCCCAGUGCCGCCAAUCUGGAGCACAGCCUGCAAAACCGUCGCGAAAAGCUGAUAGCCCAAAACGAUGCCUUCUUCGAGCAGCUGCAGCAGCGGGCGACAACACCGGAACCGGAGUCUCCGACCGGUCGGGAUAUGCGUUCGCUGUCGCCCUCGCGUUCGCGCUCCGUGUCGCCCAGCGAUGAGCAGGACUUUCAUCUUCUGCUCAACCUGGAGGGUGCCGAGAACCGAACUCUGCGUCAGCACAGCGCUGAGCUGGAGCAGAUGCUGGCCAACAGCGCCAAGCAGCGUGACCUCGACCUGGAGGCGCUGCAAAAGCUAAAACAUGCCAGCGAGGAGGUCGAGCUGCGCGUGGACGAAUCGGAAUACCCUUACGACUACGAGCGCAGCUUCUCGGAGGCGGUGCGCGAUCUGAAGGAUGAGCUCAACGUCAGCGGCUUCAAGAGGUCGACCUAUGUGGGCGAAUCCGUGGACCUGGGCAGCGAGCUUGAGCCGAACUUCAAGUUUCAGCGCUCGCGUACACCCUCGCCCUCGUCCUCGCCCUCGUUGGAGCUGUCCGCGGCCCGGGAGCAGGCGGCAGCGCAGCGUGAGAUGCAGUCGGCCAUUCUGGAGUCGCUGAUCAGCGCCAGCGGCGUGGAGAACGAGAAGCGUCUGGGCGCCAAGCCCAAGACGAACGAGUACAGCGAGCGCAGCUUCUCCGAGGAGCUCAAGGAUACGCAGCGCAUGCAGGAGGAAGCGCUGUCCGGGCGCUUCAAGCGCUCCACCUACGUGGGCGAAUCCCUCGAUCUGGGCAUAGCCCCGCAGCUGGACGAUCUACGGCAUCGCACGGCCGAGUUUCAGCGUUCGCGCAGCCAGAGUCGUUCCCCCAGCCGGGACGAGCAGGAGGCGCCUGGCCUGCGGAAUAUCGAUGCCGAGGCGGCCAAGCGGGAGCAACAGGAUCAGUUGCUGGAUCAGCUGGCCGCCGCCAGCGUCAACUUUCAGAACUUUUCACGAUAUUUGAAUACGGAUUUUCUGGAUAGCGAGCGACGCGCCUCGGACUCGGCCAUUAUGCAAUUGGAUCCGUUUGCGGAUCUGGAGCCGGAGGAGUAUCAUCAUUUCAGGCGCUACUCGCUGGCGCAGGAGCAGCCCGUCGAGGAGUAUCCCAGCGAUGAGUGCGUCUAUAUAUCGCAGAUCGAAGUGCGUUCGCUGACGGGCAAAAGAACCUGGCUAAAGGAGGAUUUCUAUACGCACGACCUGGCCAGCCUUGAGCUGGACUUUGACGAAAGUAGCGAAUCGUUUGAGAGUUCAGGCAAGCAGCCAACGGAGGAGGGCUCCUGGGCACGCGCCGUGCUCGCCGCCGAGGCGGAGGCGGCGGAGUUUGACGAGACGAGCGCCAUUUACAAGUUUGACAUUUGCGGCGAGCAGCUGGGCAACGAGGAUGCCUACAGCAGCAACGACAGCGAGGACGAACGACAGACGGUGGUCGGAAUGGAUGACGACGACGACGACGACGAAUACGAAUUUGAGCUGGACGAGGGCAUCUCGGACAACAAUGAGCGCACACAGCCGACGGAUGAAUCCCAUCACGAUACGUCCGAGUGCGAGGAGGCCGAGCGUAAUGCGGAUCGCUAUGCGAAUCGCGGUGCCAACGACUGGGAGGAAGUGGACAAUGUGGAGGAUUUCGGUGACUACAGCCUGGACGACGGGGCUGUGGGCGGCGGCGCCUACUCCGAUCCGGAUUCCUUUAUAGAGCAAAUCUACAACGAUGCCGUCAAGAAUCGCAAGCAGAGCGGCAUUCUCAGGGAAUUCGAGACGAUGGUCCAGGAGCAGCUGCCGGCGGAAGGUGCCGACCAAAGCGAAUCGGACAAGGAGAAAUCCGGCUCGGACAGCGAACGCUAUGCGCUGUGGGCCAAGACCCGGGCGCUGGACAGAUCCGAAGACAGCACGAGCAGCAGACACAGAGACAUAGACAUCUCGCUGGGACUGCUCGAGGGCGAGCGCCGGGACACCGAGAUGCGUUACCUGGGCGAUGCCCAGGUGGCGGCACGCCAAUCCGCGCGCCUGCGCACGCGCUACGGCUACAGCCCCAAGCUGCAAGCGGGCGUUGUGGAGGAUGACAUCGAGGUGGACCUCAAUUACAAGCCCAAGCGGGAGUACAAUUGGCGCAAGAACUUCAAGCUGGACGACACUGAGGAGGAGCAGGCAGCUGCUGUAGUUGAGCCACAGCCAGGCGAGGAUCAGUUGGAAUUGGUGGAGCUGCAGGAAGAGGAACUGGAUCUUUACGAAGUCGCGCCAAGCGGAGAACUGGACUUGCGUCGUUAUAGCCUCGGCGGCGAGAGCAUCACCCUGUUCAGUCGCAGUCCGGAGCGCGAGUUGUUGUCGGUUGUGGCAGAGGAAACCUUGCCAGAGCAGGAGAGUGGAGUGGACAGACACGUGGAAGUCACAGCUGUUGGAGAAGUAGAAGCAACGCUCAGCGAGAAGCCCAAAAAGAAGAAGAGCAAGAAAAAGACGCGCAAGGGCUCCAAAACGGAGGAGGAACUGCGCGACGACAACGACUCCGACAACCAGGAAUACAAACGACGUCCCUCCGCGACCAGAGACGAUGCCGAGCACUCAACAGAGACGUUGACCAAAGUUCGCAAAGUGCGCUCGCGACGCAGCUCCAAGAGCAGCUCCGCCAAUGAGGAUGCUAACGGAGCGCUCUUCUCGCCGCGCAACAGCGUCGGGCUCUUGCCGGAGGCUGCGCUGGAGGGCAUUGCCGAGCUCGAGGCGCCGGAUGAAGGCGCACUCAAAAAGAAAACCAAGAAGCGCAAGAAGUCAACCAAGGAGCAGGCCAAGGAGCUGCCCACCGAGCCGGACAUCGAUGUGGCCCUGGCCGAGGCGCUGGCCAAGAUUGCGCCCGUUACGCUGUCGGCUUCCACGAAUCUAACGCCAGCCUCGACGCAGCAGAAUCUCCUGGCCAGUUUAAGUGCCGGGCACAGCUUGUGCCUCACGCCCGCCUCAUCCAUCGAGGAGCCGUCCAGCUCCGAUCUGGCUGCGGCGACAGUUGCUCCUGCGGCGACUGCGACUGCGCCUGCUCGUUCCGUUGUGGACAGCUUUGACAUACUCAAGGAUGCCAAUUUCUAUCCGCUUUUCUAGCUAGCUAGCGCACAUGCAACAUAUUUACCACGAAUAAUCUAUACACUUACAUUUGUUUUCGAUUUCUAUCUGUUUCUUAUAGACAUGUUCAUAAGUCCACCACAAAAAAAAAAAUAGCACACAAACGCUGUACAAAAAACAAUGCACGACUAUUUUGCACCCAGUUCCAGUACCAGUUCCAGUUCCAGUUCCGGUUCCAGUACCAGUACCAGUUCCAGCACCCACUCCGCCAGACUGAGGGUAGCCGAAUCAUGUAUUAUACUAACGACCAGACCCAGAAACACGCACGAACGAUCUAUAAAUCGAAUGAGAGCUCAAUUUAAUUGUUAAUUAUUUAUUAUGAUUUCAAUUGAUUCUUAUCUAGCUUAUCGCACAAUAAACAUAUGAAUAUAUACAUAUGUAUAUAUAAUUGAA